AAGCACGACAUUAUUAAGGGACGGAACAGGGGCACGCUGAGGAAUACGCACAACAUAGCAGCCUGUAAGUUAGCGGCUAACCACUUAGCCAACUAGCGCUAGAGCACUUCACUUCACAGACAGUGUUCAGUGGACGUAUUUAAUAGUACGUUCAGUAACUGGGUUGUGUGUAACAGUAAGAAUUGGUAGUGUAUGUGCUCUGUGAGUAUAACAUUUUCUCUUCAAUGGCUGCCCCUGGUUCCACCAGCAAUGUGCCUGAAGGAUUCCACUAUGAGACCAAAUACGUCCUCCUAUGCUACCUCGGCCUUCCCCCUCGAUCACACUUCAGGCCUGAGGAAGGAGCAUCUGGACAGGCUUCACAAGAAACAGCAGUGGAGAAGACCAGCAGGAUGAAGGAGCAGAUUGAGGAACAACUAAAGCAGCUAGAAGACGAAAUCACUGCCUCUUUUCCAAGUACAGGCUUUGAUCGGCAGACAUCACCAGUGUUCAGUCCAGCUAAUCCUGAGAACACUAUAGAGGACAGCCUGGCCGUGCUGGGGGACCGUGUCAAACAAGUGCUGGACACACAUCUGGUCUCGGCCACACGGACUCUUCUCAGUGGGCAGCUGGACUAUGAAAAUUUCCAAAGUGCAGUGAACGAGAUUUCCUCCCAUUCUGAAGGAGGCUGGAGCAAGGUUUUGAUACCAUUAGUGUUAUUGCAAGCCCUGCAUUGUGAAGGUCAUCAGCUGACUUCUCUACUUUCUCUGGGUGAACGGUACAUAGUUGAAGCAGAGGCAGACUUCAUCAUCCAGCAAGGUGGAUGGAGUGCAGUGUUUAGCCUGGAGGAUGUGGAGGAACCAGUUGCGCUCAUAGCUGAAGACAGUAACGAUAUCUACAUCCUGUCAGGGGAGCAGGGUCGCGAGCAACUGAGCCCCCCUGAGUCACUGCUCAUCAGCGUGGCAGACAGCAGCGGCCUGAGCUCCUGGCACACGGAGAGUUUGCCUGUAUCGCUGAGUGGCCACGACUCCUGGGCUCAGGUUGGCACCAUGGAGCCAGAGGAUGCCAAGAGUGUGGACAGUGGUGAGGGCGUGGCCUCGGCUGAGGAGCGCAGUGAGAACAACUCGUCCAAUUCGGACAUUGUGCACGUGGAGCGUGAGGAGGCUGAGCUUCUUGAGGAGGGAGAAGCUGUAGAAGAGGAAGAGCUGCAGGAAAGCGUGCUCAGUGUCCUGGGCACUGACAGUGAGCUGGAGGCCCUCAGAGAGGAGCUUAGAACAGAAGUUUCAUUUCCACAACAGCCAGUUUCAGAAGCACCGGUGUCACUGAUGUCCCUAGAGGAGCAAAUUGUCAUCCUGGAGGCACCUCCUAGCCUGGUCUGUGCUGUUCCACUAGUUGAUGUAGAUCCCAAGUCCCUCACUCCUUCUUGCACUGCUGUCUUUACUGAUGCUCCAGGUGAAGUAGAGCCAGAACACCUUGCUCUUUCAUCCUCUACCAUCAUUGUUGAUGCUCCAGUUGGUGUGGAGCAGGAAUGUUCUGUUCAUCCUUCCCUUCCUAUUGCUGCUUCACCCCAAGUGCUCGAUCCUGAACCUGAGCCUCAGUCAGCUCAGCCAGAACCUGUUCUAGCUCCUGUGGAGCCAGUGAUACAAAGAACAGUUCAAGAACACAAAGCUAAAUUUGAGCCACAGUCUGAGGCUGUCCAAGCAGCUCCAUUGCAUGAGAUACUUCCAAAAAAGCCACAAGCAGUGAUUGCACAGGCCAUUACAGCCCAGAAAUCACCCCUUAAACCCCCAGCUCCAGCACAGAAGAUGCCAUCACUGGAGGCAAAGAUUGUACAGGAGACCUCUGCUCCAUUCCAGGUUCCUCUUCUUUUACCUCCUGCUGCAGCUCUAGAACAGGAAAUACUACCACAGCAUCUACAGUCUGUACACACAGCUCAGAAGCCACCUGCAGCUCCAGUACACCCAGAGCCCGUAGCAGAGCCCGUAGCAGAGCCCGUAGCAGAGCCUGUAGCAGAGCCUGUAGCAGAGCCUGUAGCAGAGCCUGUAGCAGAGCCCGUAGCAGAGCCUGUACUGGAGCCUGUGUCAUCUGAGCUUCCAGUUCUUCUGUAUGGUGGUGCUGCAUUGGUAGCCAUUGCUGCUUUGGUGGUCUAUGGAGCACUGGCUUACCGGAAGAAGUAUUAGGAAGUGAUCGACUCGCCCCUCGCGAUAACUUCACCACAUCGGUGACCCUUUACAGGAACCGGGGCCACUGUGCUGCCAAAAAUUGUGGAAAAUUCAGCUCUUUUGUCUGCCCCAUGCCAAGUUUUCAGUUCCAGUUCUUCAGAGUUCCUGUUUUUGUUGUUUUCAUUAUUUCAUAUUAUUGUUACUGUGAACCAUUACUGAUCUUUUCUGGAGCAAACACAUUGUCGAUUUGAUGUUCAGUUCACAUUCUCAUAGAGUUCUCAUACGCUUGUUAGCUUGUAUUAGGUUUUAAAUUGUAUAAGGCUGACAGCUGAGAAAACAUGGUAUCAUUUUACCAGUUUUUAGAAGCAGGUUACUGUUAAUCAAGAAGAAUGAACUUGAUUUAAAAUUUCAAAAACAAUAUAUGAUUUGUCAAGAAAAUAAAAGGUGCACACCUCAGAUUAUCUCCACUGUUUUUUCUGAUUUGAUCAUUUUGAAAUAUUUAGGCCUAGUUUUAAGAAAGCACUGUUUGUGUUUGAAAGUGAGAUUGCACAUACAGUAUAAGAAUGAAAUUUCGAACAGUUUGUUGUGACAUGUCAAAUGGUUUGUUUGCAUGUUAGACAUUCCUGGAUCCUGAAUAUUGAAAGAGAAACCAGUGUUGGAUGAGAUUGAACAACAUAAACAGACCCCUAGAAUAAGAGCACAUAUCAUUUUGUUUAUAAAAACGAAACACUAUAUAUUGUGUAUAAAUAUGUGAAUAAGUUUGUAUGGUCAUUCCAGCAGAAAGAAUUAAAUUAAACAUGAAUGAGUUAUGUCUAAAAUGCAACAAGCUCUGAUUGAUGCUUGUCUUCUGACAUUGAAUUCCCCUUCAUCAACAAAGGGAACAGCGAGUUUAGGACACAGCCUCAGAUGGAAAAACCCCUAUUUAUUUAACCUACAGUACUUCAGAUUUAUUUUAAAGUUACCAUUACUGGACAUAGACUUGUUCACAAUUUAAACAAAUAAAGAUUUGUCAUUAA